CGCGGCCAUGGAUCCCGGCGGACACGUCAGAGGCCCUCCUGCCCACGGGGUGAGGGAGAGCCCGGGGAAGCCCGCCGCCCCCAAGAAGAACGCCUACAACCGGCUCGUGCAGCAGCAUCACAGCGUCAGGUUCCGUUCCUACCUAAACUACGUCGCUCAGAAACUGCAGCUGGAGGAAGCGGGCCCGGCCGAAGCCCGCGCGGACCCCUCCCGCAAGAGGGGCCCGACCCAGGAGGCCUCCGUCCGGAACGGGCUGCCGGCGCACGGCUACUCCCCGGCCAGAGCCGCCCUGGCCGGGAUCCCGGCGUCCCCGGGCGCCCAGCGACGGCUCGAGGACGGUUCCGAGACCCUCAGGCGACCUCACGCCUCGACUCACGCGGAGCAGCCUCGGAGGGAUCCCGGCAGAGAGGGAAACGCGCGGUCCGGGGAAGGCUGCCGGCCCCGGCCCCGGCCAGCCUUCCCCGGGGACUCGGCGAGAGGGACCGAGGGCUUAGGGAACAGGGGGCCUGCCAGGACCCCGAGGCCCUUUGGGGCCCCGCCGAGGUUUCUGGGCCCCGAGGAGAGGGACGAAGCGGAGGCGGGCCGAAACCGAGCCCGGAGAAAUAGAGCCGGGGCGAACCUGGGCCGAGCCGACGAUUUUCGGGCCGCCGAGCAGCUCGGCGCGGAGUCGCCACCUUCCAGGGCGGGGAGACGAGGUCUGGCCCACUGGGACCGAACCCCAGGCGGUGACGAAAUUCCUUUCCAGACCAGGAAAGAUUCAGAGCCAAGCAGCACGCCCCAGAACCUCGAGAGGAAGAAGCUGCUCUUGGAUGAAAUAAUGAGCCAUGCAGAAGGCAGGGGCAACCCACGGCAGUUCGGGACUCCCAGAGGUAGUGUGGCCCACAUGGUCAGUCCUCAUGGAGUCGGCUUCAAACCAGGUGACAAAAGAUCCCCGAGCAAACCUAUGCGUGGGAAGAAGAGGAGCAUAUUCGAAGCCUACAUAUCCCGCGACCGUGUCUCCGAAGGGCUGAAGAGAGGAGGACUUAUCCAGGGCCUGUUGAGAAUAAAUCCGAAGAAGUUCCAUGAAGCUUUUAUUCCUUCCCCGGAUGGGACGCGAGACAUUUUUAUCGAUGGGGUUGUUGCUCGGAACAGAGCCCUGAAUGGCGACCUGGUCGUGGUGAAACUGCUUCCCAAAGAGCAGUGGAAGGUAAUAAAAGCAGAUGGCAGUGACAAAGAAACAGAAGUCGUAAAUGACUCAGACGAGUUUUUGGGGACCCCUCUGCCUCAGCCGCCUGUCAGAAAUGAUGCUGACAGUCCCGAUGUUAUCAUAGAGGCUCAGUUCGAUGACAGUGAAGCCGAGGACGGACAGGGGAGCUCGCAAAAUGUGCUGGCUGAUGGUAUCAGGAAACUUUCCUUCGGCACCCCUGAAAAGGGGGUCGACAGUGCUGAUGCCUUGUCUGCAAAGCAGGAAGACAGCGUUAAGGAGCAAGACCAAGAGAAGUUGCUACAGAGAUCUGCCAAGGUGGUGUACAUAUUGGAGAAAAAACACUCCCGAACAGCUACUGGCUUCAUCAAACUCUUGGCUGAUAAGUGCAGUGACCAGUUUCGGAAAUGGGCACUGUUCUCACCCUCUGACCACAGAGUGCCCAGGGUUUACGUGCCCCUCGCCGAUUGCCCUGCGGAUUUUGCCACCCGCUCCAAAGACUAUGCCAAUACGCUCUUCGUCUGCCGCAUUAUGGACUGGAAGGAAGACUGCAACUUUGCAACAGGGCGUCUGGCUAAGAGUCUUGGCCAGGCUGGUGAGAUUGAACCGGAAACAGAAGGGAUCCUGAUGGAAUAUGGGGUAGACUUCUCUGAUUUUUCUCCAGAAGUUUUGAGCUGCCUGCCCCAAGGUAUGCCCUGGACCAUCCCUCCCACCGAAUUCUCGAAGAGAAGAGAUUUAAGGAGAGACUGCAUCUUCACCAUUGACCCAUCAACUGCCCGAGACCUGGAUGAUGCGCUGUCCUGCAAGCCACUCCCUGACGGAAACUUUGAAGUGGGUGUCCACAUUGCGGACGUGAGUUACUUUGUUCCGGAGGGGUCGGCACUGGAUGAAGCCGCCAGUGAAAGAGCCACAAGUGUCUACUUGGUGCAGAAGGUGGUCCCCAUGCUCCCCCGAUUGCUCUGUGAAGAGCUGUGCAGCCUCAACCCUAUGAUGGACAGGCUGUCAUUUUCGGUGAUCUGGAAGUUGACUCCCGAAGGCAAGAUUCUCAGCGAGUGGUUUGGCCGAACCAUCAUCCGAUCCUGCGUGAAACUGAGUUACGACCACGCCCAGAGCAUGAUCGAAGAGCCCGGCAAGCGGCUCGGCCCAGAGGAGCUGCCCCCCGUGUCCCCAGAGCACUCAAUCGAGCAGGUCCACCGGGCGGUCUUGAACCUCCAUGGGAUCGCCAAGCAGCUGCGCAAGCAACGCUUUGCCGACGGAGCACUGCGCCUGGACCAGCUGAAGCUUUCCUUCACUCUGGACCAGGAGACCGGCAUGCCCCAAGGUUGUUACAUCUACCAGUAUCGGGACAGUAACAAGCUGGUUGAAGAAUUUAUGCUUCUGGCCAACAUGGCUGUGGCCCACCAAAUCCACCGCUCCUUCCCCGAGCAGGCCCUCCUCCGCCGCCACCCCCCUCCACAGAGCAAGCUGUUGAACGACCUGGUGGAAUUCUGCCACCAGAUGGGACUGGAUAUUGACUUCAGUUCAGCAGGGGCCCUCAAUGAAAGUCUGAACGAGAUGUUUGGGGAUGACAAGUAUGCAGCAGCCAGGAAGGAAGUCCUCACCAACAUGUGCUCCCGGCCCAUGCAGAUGGCUGUGUACUUCUGCUCGGGCGUGCUGAGGGAUCAGGAGCAGUUCCGGCACUAUGCCCUCAACGUGCCGCUCUACACCCACUUCACCUCACCCAUCCGCCGCUUUGCCGACAUCCUAGUGCACCGGCUCCUGGACGCCUCGCUCAGUCACAGGCAGCUACCAAACCUAGAGCCAGACGCCCUCCAGAAGCAGGCAGACCACUGCAAUGACCGCCGUAUGGCAUCCAAGAGAGUGCAAGAACUCAGCACCAACCUCUUCUUUGCGGUGCUGGUAAAGGAAAGCGGUCCUCUGGAGUCUGAGGCCAUGGUAAUGGGCAUCCUCAACAAGGCCUUCGACGUGCUGGUGCUGCGCUUUGGGGUGCAAAAGAGAAUCUACUGUAACACUCUGCCGCUGCUCGACUACCACUUCCAGAAGGUGGGGAAGAAGCCAAAGUUGACUCUUGUCUGGGAGCCUGAGAACCAGGAGGAAGAUGCCAUACACCAGGAGAUCAGCAUCUUCAGCCUGGUGGAUGUCGUGCUGAAGGCGGAGGACACGGCCCUCAAAUUCAGCGCCGCCCUGAAGAGGCCCGGGGGCGAGAAGGUGGCAGCCCAGAAGGACCAGCCAGAGUCAGAGCCGGAGCCAGAGGACCGGGAGUGAGGGCCGGGCUGGCGACAGCCAAGGCAGCACAGGGUUUUAGGAACAAGAGCUCAGCUUGACCCAGGGCUUUUUAAAGGGAAUUUUGAGCUUGUUUGCCGUUUGAAUUUUAACUCAACUUGAAGCCAGGAAAGGCCCCCAGGGAGCAGUGAUGGCUGAGGGGCGGGGAUAAUGCCCUUGUCCCUUCCUCCCUGGGCGGAUCUGCCCAUCCUUUCCAAGCCUCGGUCUGCCGGAUGCUCCCCGGGGGCUGGAGCCUGCCGGAGGGGGCAAGAGGGAAUACCAGCGGGUCCUGGGCAUCCGCAUCACAUAAUAAAAUCUGGUCAGUGGAGAGACA